UCCUAACACCAACCAGAUCCACGAACGCCACACGAAACGCCUCGCGUCGCCGACCGCCGCCGCCGCUCGCUCCCAAGCUGCCAACGCCGCCGCCGCUCCCAGCUACCUACCUCCCGCGCGCCGAUCGCCUCCGCCGCCGUAGACCUCCCUCCCUCCUUCCCUCGCUGCUUCCGCCUCGAUCCCGACCUCUCCCGCCGCCGACGCCGCCGCCUCGCAUUCUCCCUCGCCGCCGACUCCGCCUAGGCGGCUAGCUAGGCCUCGUGGCCGCGCGGCGGCGAUCGCCGCUGUUAGCUAACUAUCCCCCAUCCCCUCCUAGCUAGGGCGAGCGAGGGAGGUCCGGGGCGGCUUGGAUCACGCCCGGGUGGAGCCGCCCCGCCCCCCUACCCCACGUCCUGGGCGGCGUUGACCUUUCAUCCGAUCCCGCGGCCGAAAUGGCAUCCAAAGUCCGCUUUACUGUGGGUUCUAAUGUUUGGGUUGAGGAUGCUGAUGUGGCUUGGAUUGAUGGGCUGGUGGAGCAGGUCACUGGGGAUGAACUAAUUAUAAGGUGCACUUCUGGGAAGAAGGUUACUGCAAAUGUAUCAAGUGUCUAUCCCAAGGACGCAGAAGCAAAGCGCUGUGGUGUCGAGGAUAUGACGAGACUAGCUUAUCUACACGAACCAGGAGUUCUCCAUAACCUAAAGUCUAGAUAUGGGAUGAAUGAGAUAUAUACAUAUACAGGCAACAUAUUAAUAGCUGUGAAUCCAUUUCAAAGACUUCCUCAUCUGUAUAACAAUCAUAUGAUGGAAAUUUACAAAGGAGCAGGAUUUGGUGAGCUGAGCCCCCAUCCCUUUGCCAUUGCAGACCGUGCAUAUAGGUAUAUGAUGAAUUAUGGUGUCAGCCAAGCCAUAUUAGUGAGUGGUGAAAGUGGUGCUGGUAAAACAGAAAGCACUAAAAUGCUUAUGCAAUAUCUUGCUUUUAUGGGUGGCAAAGUUCAAUCGGGUGGACGGUCAGUGCAACAACAAGUGCUGGAGUCCAAUCCCGUUCUUGAGGCAUUUGGAAAUGCAAAAACAGUCAGGAAUAAUAAUUCAAGUCGCUUUGGUAAAUUUGUUGAGAUUCAAUUUGAUCAGAGUGGGAAAAUCUCAGGGGCUGCCAUAAGGACUUAUCUUUUGGAAAGAUCUCGUGUUUGCCAAAUAUCUGAUCCAGAGAGAAAUUAUCAUUGCUUUUACAUGCUAUGUUCUGCACCAGCGGAGGAACGUGAAAGGUAUAAGUUAGGAGAUCCUGCAUCAUUUCACUAUCUCAACCAGUCUAAUUGCAUUAAGCUUGAUGGGAUGGAUGACUCUUCAGAAUAUAUUGCAACUAGAAGAGCAAUGGAUAUAGUGGGCAUCAGUUCUGAUGAACAGGACGCAAUAUUCAGAGUUGUUGCUGCAAUCCUUCAUUUGGGCAAUGUAGAAUUUGUGGAAGGAAGUGAAGCAGAUUCUUCUGUACCCAAAGAUGAUAAAUCCAAGUUUCAUCUUCGGACAGCUUCUGAACUUUUCAUGUGUGAUGAGGAGGCUCUUGAGGAAUCUUUGUGUAAGCGUGUAAUAGCAACACGUGGUGAAAGUAUAGUAAAAAAUUUAGAUGCCCGGGCAGCAGCUCUUAGUAGAGAUGCAUUGGCCAGAAUUGUCUACUCACGGUUGUUUGAUUGGCUUGUAAAUAAGAUCAAUACUUCAAUAGGGCAAGAUCCUAGUUCAAAGCUUCUGAUAGGUGUGCUGGAUAUAUAUGGUUUUGAAAGUUUCAAGACAAACAGUUUUGAGCAGUUUUGUAUCAACUUAACUAACGAGAAGCUCCAGCAGCACUUUAAUCAGCAUGUGUUUAAAAUGGAGCAAGAGGAAUAUACAAAGGAAGAAAUUGACUGGAGUUACAUCCAAUUUGUGGACAAUCAGGAGAUUCUUGAUCUCAUUGAGAAGAAACCAGGGGGGAUAAUUGCUCUACUCGAUGAGACUUGCAUGUUGCGAAAUUCAACCCAUGAAACAUUUGCUGAGAAGCUAUAUCAACAAUUUAAGGGCAACCAACACUUCAGUAGGCCAAAAUUUUCACGUUCUGAUUUCACUAUUCAUCACUAUGCCGGACAUGUUACUUAUCAAACAGAUUUGUUUUUAGAUAAGAACAUAGACUAUGCUGUAAAUGAGCAUCAAGUUCUGUUACAUGCUUCUAGAUGUUCAUUCGUUUCAAGUCUUUUUCCACCUUCUGAAGAAUCAACUAAAUCUACAAAAUUCACAUCCAUAGGUUCAAGCUUUAAGCAACAACUGCAAGCUUUGUUGGAAACUUUGAGUUCAGUAGAACCACAUUACAUUCGCUGUAUAAAGCCAAAUAAUGUUCUCAAGCCAGCAAUUUUUGAGAACAGCAAUGUUCUCCAGCAACUUCGAUGUGGAGGAGUGCUAGAGGCAAUAAGAAUAAGCUGCCUAGGGUACCCAACAAGAAGAACAUUUGAUGAGUUUGUUGAUCGUUUUGGUGUUUUGCUACCUGAAGUUCUUGAUGAAAGUUAUGAUGAAGUUACUGCUACAGAAAUGCUUCUUGAGAAAGUCAAUCUCACAGGCUAUCAGAUAGGGAAAACGAAAGUGUUUCUGCGUGCUGGUCAGAUGGCUGAGCUAGAUGCUCGAAGGACUGAGGUCUUGAGCAGUUCUGCUAGCAAAAUCCAGAGAAAAGUUCGAUCAUACUUGGCUCACAAACACUUCAUUCAGUUGCGAUUAUCUGCUACUCAGCUUCAGGCAGUAUGCAGAGGACAAAUUGCAAGACAUUAUUAUGAAGACCUCCGUAGGAAGGCUGCGACCUUGACAAUUCAGACCUAUUACCGUAUGCAUUUUGCAAGGAAAAAUUAUAGAGAUCUCUGUUCUGCAUCAACUACUGUCCAAUCUGGUCUACGUGGCAUGGCGGCUCGCAAGGAACUCCAGUACCGUCAGCAGACAAAAGCUGCAGUGAUUAUUCAGAGUUACUGUCGCAGUUAUUUAGCACACUCACAGUACAUGGGCUUGAAGAAAGCAGCGAUCACAACCCAAUGUGCUUGGAGAGGGAGGUUGGCCAGAAGAGAACUUCGAAAACUUAAAAUGGCUGCAAAAGAAACUGGUGCUCUGCAAGCUGCUAAGAAUAAAUUAGAGAAACAAGUUGAAGAGCUAACUUGGCGGCUUCAGCUGGAGAAACGCAUGAGGGUUGACAUGGAAGAAGCCAAGUCACAAGAAAAUAAGAAGCUGCAACAGAAAUUGCAGGAACUUGAAUUGCAGUCCAAUGAAACAAAAGAUUUGUUAAAAAGGGAACAAGAAACUGCUAAAGCAGCAUGGGAGAAAGCUGCCUUAGUACCAGAGGUCCAGGUUGAUACAACUCUUGUUAAUGAGCUCACAGCUGAAAACGAGAAGCUCAAGACACUUGUGGCUUCUCUCGAGACAAAAAUUGAUGAAACGGAACAGAGGUUUGAUGAAGUGAAGAAAGCUAGAGAAGAGUUGCUGAAGAAAGCCACAGAUGCAGAGUCAAAGAUAAAUGGACUAACGAACACAAUGCUAAGUCUUCAAGAAAAACUAACAAACAUGGAACUGGAAAAUCAAGUUCUCCGGCAGCAGGCACUGUUUCGUUCUCCUGUGAGAACAAUACCUGAAAACACGUCUCCAAAAGCUAAUUCAACUAAUAGCAGUCCACACGGGGAUGAACAGAUGACACCUCAUGGUACACCUCCAGCUUCUAAAGAAUAUGGGAAGUUCGCACAGCCAAGACCAUCCUUUUUUGAGAGGCAGCAUGAGAGUGUUGAUGCACUGAUAAACUGUGUUACUGAAAACAUUGGCUUCAGUGAAGGAAAACCAAUUGCUGCAAUAACCAUAUAUAAAUGUCUGGUUCAUUGGAAGAUCUUUGAAACAGAGAAAACAUCUGUUUUUGAUCGGCUUAUUCAAAUUUUUGGUUCUGCGAUGCAGAAACACGAUAGCAAUGAGGAUCUUGCAUACUGGUUAUCAACUUCAUCAACUUUAUUGAUUAUGUUGCAAAAGAGCCUAAAAGCUGCUGGCUCAUCUGGAGGAACUCCACGGAAAAAACCACAGACUCAGUCAUCAUUCCUAGGGAGGAUGGUGUUCCGCUCGUCAAACAUCACUGUUGAUAUGGACCUUGUGCGCCAAAUUGAGGCCAAGUAUCCUGCUUUUCUUUUUAAGCAGCAGCUUACAGCUUUUGUCGAAGGAUUAUAUGGAAUGAUCCGUGACAAUGUGAAGAAAGAACUAUCUUCACUACUCUCACAUGCUAUUCAGGUCCCAAGAAUCAUGAAAGCCAGUAUGGUAAGAGGGCGUUCAUUUGGGACAUCGAGUUUACCAAGGGGACGUUCAUUUUCAAAUCAAGGUAGCUACUGGCAAGCGAUAGUUGAUAAUUUGGAUGAACUAUUGAAAAUCCUACAAGAAAAUUGCGUCCCGGCAAUUUUUAUGAGGAAGAUAUUUACCCAAAUUUUCUCAUUCAUCAAUGCCCAACUUUUUAAUAGCCUUCUUGUACGCCAUGAGUGCUGCUCUUUCAGCAAUGGAGAGUAUGUGAAACAAGGAUUAGCACAAAUGGAGGUGUGGUGUGGAGAAGUCAAACCAGAGUACGUAGGAUCUGCAUUGGAUGAACUCAAGCACAUAAGGCAAGCUGUUGGUUUCUUGGUCAUAUUUAAAAAAUUCAGGAUUUCAUAUGAUGAGAUUGUCAAUGAUCUGUGCCCAGUACUAAGUGUCCAGCAGCUGUACAAAAUAUGCACACAGUACUGGGAUGACAAAUACAACACAGAGAGUGUAUCUGAAGAGGUACUUGAUGAAAUGAGGACGCUGAUAACGAAGGAAUCAGGCCAAGAUAGUUCAGAGAAUACCUUUUUAUUGGAUGAUGAAAUAAGCAUGCCCAUAUCACUUGAGGAGAUUGGGGAUUCUAUGGAUUCUAAAGAAUUUCAGCACAUAGCCCCACCACCAGAACUUGUUGCAAUCCCCGCAUUCCAAUUCUUGAAGAGCUGAGAGCCCUCAAAGACCAUAUACAUACAUGCUGCACAGCCAGACCUCUUUUUUGUACCAUCGAUGUUGUAGAUUUCUGUCCUUGCGGUUCCUUGUGUAAAUUAUUCUUUUUGGUAGGUAGGGGUUCCUUUUCCCCUAUGUUUUCGUUGGCUUGGGUUGGGAAAAUUAUUUGCCCUCCCAAAAAUGUGUCCAAAAUAUGAAUAUAGAAAUUCUUAGUUUUUUUGUAGGCAUGGUAGGGUUGUAGACACUCAAGCGCCACGCUUGGGUUACCUUAUCCUGCACAACUUGUAGUUAGUAACAUUUUUUUAAAAAGCCAUAUCGAUUCCAUUUUAUUGUACAGAACUACUGGAAAAUAUCAAUAAGUUAAAUCAUUUUUUUUUCGCAAAGGAA